AUGGCGGCUCAUAUGUCCCUGAGUCCUGCCAAAGUGGUGCUCCUGGCGGUACACUUUGCGACUAUCGCCGACAUUGACAGCUUGGCCUGUCUUAUAACCCAACAUGCUACAGUCUUGCGUCCAGAGUUGACGCUUCGCAUUAUCCUCACAUAUCUCCCUGAAACUCUCAGUCCGUCGGCCUAUGUGCCUUUGUUGGAAGCCAUACUCGCCAACGAACCACUGCCGCAAUCAAAUCCAGACCACCAACUUGACAUUUCUCAUGUUCACAAUCUUCAAGACGAGCAAGCUUCGAGAAAAGUUAAGAAACUUCAUCUGAUCCCGCUCAAAAAUGACGAUGCACCUUUCAGCCACGAGGCCGAUCCACUUACGUGUUUCCUCUUUUUGAGGGCCUACAGGAUGGACGAUGAGGCAGGCAUGUUAGCCCAGGUUCCCGAGUUACUCUCCCCGUUCUUGGACCACUCGCCAGAGCUUCAUACAUGGGCCAUCUCAACAGUACUUCCUCUGAUCCGUAGAAAUCAUGAGUACUAUCCUCAAAGGACCGCACGGUUAUCGCUGCUUGAGUUUCAGAAUCUCCCCGACAGAAUGGCCAUUGACUAUCUACUCGCCGAAACGGGUACUGUUGAGGACGAAUAUGACCUGGCUGGCCGCGAUCUGAGUGGAUUAGUAGGACCUUGGCUACAUAACGACUCGAGGUGGAAACGCGAUGCCUUUAAUGAAGAUACCUCAAGUGAUUCCGGUGCAGCGUCUGACCUUUCAUGUCCCGGAUGGGAGCAAGCUCUCGAGUGGCUCACCUCUAAAGCAUCAACUUCAUGGCGAGUUGCUUUGAAAGCUAUUGAGUCCUGGGACGGGCCGUCGGAUAUCGAUCUUGGAGGCGAUUCUAGUGCCUGGUUCCAAGAAAAUCAGCAACAGUAUCUUGACCGUUCCUAUGCCAGAGCUGUGUUGGCCUCGGCUUAUCUUGUCCCUGAUGCCGAUGCUGAGGCACUGGAAGGCGCUUUUAGAAUAUGCAACAAGAUUCGGUCCCUCUUGGACGAGGACAGCAACACAACACUCCAGGAUGCAGUCGCAAGUCUUGCACCUGUGCCACCUUUUGAUAUGGAUGGCGUCGGCGGUGUUAAAGCUUCAACAUACUUGCGCAGCGAGUUGUUACAAAGCACGAAUCCUCUCACAACUCCAAAAGAACAGUCUCUCGAUUUACUGCCUACUCUAAUACAAAGCGCCUAUCUUCUCACCUGUUCAGGUGUUCCAUGCACUGUCCGACAGGCAGGAGACUUGGCAUUUAUUCAAGAUCAACAAGAACAAAAAUCUGAGUUUGGUCGACUUGUACGAAAUCUUCCUACGCGCGCAUCCGAUGAUGACGAUUUUUGGAUCCGGGCACGACAGGAAGUUCUAUGGUUAUACAGCUGGGGAAAUAAGCCAGCCCCUGAUCAGGAUGAGAUUUUUCAAGGCGUUUUCGGAAGUGUCGCACUGGAGUUUAUCGAAACAGAACUUUUGAAGGCAUUGCUUUCGCGUUCACGAUAUUCUCUAGCAAGGUCUCUAUACGACCAAACAGGACCUGAUGCUCCCCUUUCUACACAAGCCGUAAUCAACACGGUUCAAAACUCGGCGUUGAGCGCAUUCGAUAAUGCUUCCAAUCCUAAUCGCACUAGGGGAGGCUUGAAAAAGUGUGACGAGAUUGUCAAAGCCUUUCCAACAUUAAUGGACAACACUCAUCCGAAUAGACAACGUGUUGAGGCGUUGCUAAGGGCUACCCAUGCCUUGAGCGACUAUCGUCUUGUUCUAAAACAGGGUGAACCCUUUAGCCCGGUGGUGUUGCGAGUGCACUCUGAUCCUGUUUCCAUCAUCGAGAAGGUUCUGGAGCAGAACCCGAAGGCUUACACCCGUCUGCAAGAGUUCAUCGAACUAGGAAACAACAUGGUCGAUGCAGGUUUGCCAACCCAAGCAAAGCGAGGCAAUCACCACACAGCGACAAUUGACCAGGGUUUUGUCCGCUCAAUGGUCGAGAAGCGGAUUGUUUCGAUGUGCAUCGAAGCGGCUUUACGAGAGGAUGAUUUCGAAACCGCGUAUUCCUACGUAGUCAGCCGCCUCGGCGUUAGGGAGACUGAGCGCAAGAAUGAACAAUCCGGCAUUUGCGACGAAUGGUCCUGGAAAGCGGCACUUGACGCAGGCAAGUACGUGCGUACAGAGAGGUCCCAAAAACCAACACAUCUUGGUACGGCGAGUGGAAACCCGGAGAUUCGUCACCUUGAACAACGCAUCGAGUGUUUGGCGACUUCCCUGCGUAUCGCUCCCCCAUCUCAACUUCAGGAAGUAUUGAAAACUUUCCGACGCUGUGAGGAGCAAUUGGACGCUGCAAUCAAGGAGGAAGCUGCCCGGGAAGCAGCCUGGGAUGCUGCAGGCGAUUUCUCUGGUCUCCCUGGCUCAUUUGAUGGACCAGACCCAGAUAAGGCUUAUCCACCACGGAAUAUUACUGCCAGUGCGACCGCACGCCAAGCUGAAGAAGCACCAAUGUCUCUGUUUGAUCUCUCCAGGGCUACGGCACGGGUUGCCUCGAAGAACCUUACCGUCCUGUCAAGCUUGCAGGGCUCGCUACAGAACUCCUUCACAUCUGACAAGACAAACCCAGAAUCGGAAUCCUCAGAAUCUGAGCUUCAUGAUCAGAACAGAACGAGGAAGCGAGAUCAGCUUAGAGAAGCUGCAACUGGUACACUGGUGUCUGGUGUAGGCUGGCUCCUUGGAGCCAAUCCAAAUCGUUCUGCCAGCGGGCAGCAUUAA